CUUAGUGUUGAGACGUAAUUUACGCGUUCAUGAAUUGUACUGAAAAACACCCGGAAAAAACCAUUAUGGAUGGAUACAGCAAAGAAAAAAUGAAUUGGAUUGAUCGCGGAAUGAUUCUUAUCAAUAAAUAAAAAGUAUAUCUGUAGACAAAAAACUUACAACACACCGGAAGCUUAAAUAUAAAAUCGAUAUUUUUCGGAACUCAACGGAUUGCGGUGUGUGCAAAUUAAGCACAUAAAGCUGAAAGGAUAGGGUAUGGAUUUUUGCAAACAAAUCUAAAUGGUGGUUUGAUUCGAUUGUAUUGGUCUUUUGGAACACCUCUUAAAAUCGAGUCUAAUAAAAAAAAUCGUUGCAUAGAAGCUGUUUCUACUAGAAGAUGCUGCGAAUGGUGUAGUUGUUAGAUGACAAUAAUAUAUUUGUGCUUGGAAAAAGAGCAGUCAUCAGUGUGACGCACAAGUGUUUGAAAUUUAAAUUGAUAGAAAUAGUUUGUAGAAGAGCGCUAAUUUGUAUUGCACGUAUGAAUUGAAAACGCAAAAUUCUGUUUUUGGUGUUUGUAUAGUGUUCGACGGUUUCAUGUUCAAAUUCUGCCUACGCAAGAAAUCUUAUUUUCGGAGUGUAUUUCGGCCUGUUACCUUUGGUACUGAACUGAAAAGCAUCUAGUGCAACAGCAACAAAUGAUUCAUUAGUAUGAAGAAAGUGUCUAAAACGGAGAUGUGUGUUUGCUGAGGUUACUAUUUAUGGUAAUCGCACAUGUACGCAACUUGCCGAAAAUUGAAAAAGAAAACUAAGUGAAUUCUAUAUAGAUUAGAUCGUUGAUACAAUGAUGUUACUGGAAAAAAUUGCAAGAAAGUGUUUAUGUUUACAUUAUAAACAGCAAAACUAAAAUAAGGCUGCAAAAGUAUACUCAUAUUAGCAGCAUCCUCCAAUGGGCCACGUUUGCUGAAAACGUGAAAAGUAUCGUCAAAUCUGGAAGUGAAGUCCAAAUGAUUACAUACUUUUAUGGCGCUGCUAUUUCGAUACUGCCCAAUAUUUGUUUUAGGACUACUUUUUCUGAAUGCGUUUACAGAUACUUCAGUGUCGGCUUUCGUCAACAAAGCGGGACCCGACAGACUGCGUCUCACGGUGUCUCCACCGGCACACGUGAUUAUAACAGCGACCAAGAAUUCUCCUAUAUUUGUACCAUGCCAUGCAGAAGCCGACAUCGACCCGAACGACUGGGUCGAUUCCGAAAUGGACAUGGAUGACGUAGAGUACGAGAACACUGCCAACGAGGAAGUCGACAUUCUGCAAUCACCACAAGUUGAACGUCAGGGAUUCUAUGAAGAUACGAUAGAUCUUAACAAUCUAGCUCAUGAUAAUAUCAAUACCAACAACAAUGAUAAUGAUCUAGAGGUAGAAGAUGAAUACGACGAAGAUAGUGCAGACCGAUACCGUCGUUCGCUGUAUGGUCGGGAGGACCUGAUUGAAUACGUGUGGUAUCGGAAUGGUCUAGAAUUUUUUAGUACAUCUUUUCAGAAUCAGAACUACAAGCAAACUCAUAAAGGAUUUCGUCUCUUUCCUAAUGGAACGCUUAAAAUACCGUACAACCGUCAAUUGAGCAAUAUUUCAGCUGGUGUUUAUCGCUGUAAGGCAAAUUUGACACGGCAUGGUACAGGGUCAAUUUUGUCUACUGAGAGUGUGGUUACUGUUGCAUAUUUGGAAAGAGAUAAUUCCCUUAUAUUCGAAAACAAUACCGUGAUAGCUACUGCCCGAAGGUCGUUGGUACUACAUUGUCCAUUUGUAAGUCAUCCACCAGCGAACAUCACAUGGAUGGUGAACAGGACACAGAUAAUCAUCAAUAACAAUGCACUGGACGCACAAGAAAAUAGGUACUAUCAGCUAAAAAAUGGUAGUUUAUUACUCGUUGGCACUAAAGUAUCAGACGCUGGAAGAUACCGUUGUAAUGCAACCAAUAGUUAUGCUGCGAAAAACUUUCGAAGUUAUGGAUAUGUUGUCGUAGUUCAGACAAGUUCUACAACUGAUACCCUUGAACGGCUAUUACCAAGAAUGCAACAACAGAUCCAACACAUUCAUGCUGGUUCCACUCUUCAGUUAAAUUGUGCAGGGGAAAUGGAUAAUCCUCAUUGGACAUUUACACCCCGCCAAGGGAAAAUACCAAUCCAGUUGACCAACUUCACAAAUCAAGUUUUAUUCACUAAUGUUUCUGUUGAAAGGCAUGAAGGGAUUUACAACUGCUCUCUCGGUAUUGAUGCUCAUAUUUUCAAUGUUACGAUAAUCGAACCACCUAGGUUCCUCAACAACAUGUCUUCGUAUACAUCGUCUGUUGUCGCUUCGAUGUCGUUUAAUUGCAGUGUAAGUGGGAACCCUCAGCCGAAAAUUACAUGGUUCAAAAAUGGCAGGGAGAUUAAAAACAGCUAUAUCAUCCAUUACAACUAUCCUAUGCUUCGAAUCCACACAAUCGAUCCUGAAGAUGAAGGUCUUUAUCAGUGUAUCGCUAAAAAUGAAGCUGGAGAAAGCAGUGUCUCUAUGUACUUGUCCAUCCGCGAUAAAGAUAAGUACAGACGAAUAUCAAAACGACCCGAAAGCAUCCAGUGUUACCCACUCGAUACAAGUAGUUUGUAUGUGCGAUUUGAACGUAGCGUUCAGCAUGUCAACACGGAAUACGUUAUGUACUAUCUCGCAUCCGAUGAUCCAUAUAGCUGGUACAGUUCACCUCCAACUCAAUUGUUAACUAACAAUAGUAUGAAAAUCACCGGUCCAAUGGUAGUUCCAUUUCGGAACUAUACAGUAUAUUUGCGAGCUUGUUCGGUAACCAGUGUUCCUGAUGCGGAAAACGCCGGUCCAGCGGGAAAGAAACAAGUUAUUCCGUCAAAGUUAUCCAAAGGUGUUCAGUGUACAUCACAAGGAGUUCCUGUGCUGUCGAUAUUUUAUCAAAAUGGUAUAUUUAUUUGGUGGCCACGAUUCACUAGUUUGCAACCGACGGCUUAUGUGAUUCAAAUUAAACAUAACGAUAACGGCAGCUUGCCACUGGUCACGGAACAAAUCAAUGGUACUAGACACAUUUUGGACGACUAUAUAACGCAUGAAGAUGUUGAACCGCUACUGAUGAAGAUAAAUGUAACUACAACUCAAGUUUACGAAAACAUACUAGAAGAAAACAAUGGAAAGCGGAGGCGAAAGCGACGACGUCGUGCUUUUGAUGUAGGAAAAAAUCCCAAAAAGAUUUUCGAAUCUUUAACUGGUACACAACUGGACCUAGAAUCAUACAAUAGUAAUACAGGAAUAGACAACUAUUCCAAAAAUGACAAAAAGUAUCGUCAAGUAUUGAUCACUCAGAUCAAAGUAUCAGGAAAUGUUACAGGAAUACUAAUCCCGGAUACUAAAAAUGCUGUCGUUAGGAUCUUAGGAUCAAUCUCACCUAGUGGAGACCCAAUGCAACAAGAUCUGCGUUUUGUUCAAUGGAAAACGAUUGAUUCAUCAAUACGCCGUCCAGAUACAGUAAAUCGUUUCCAAGCAAAUCACGUUGAUGCGCGUAGUGUACAAUUCACCUGGAGUCGUUUUAUCGCAACUGAUCUAAUCAACAAAUGUUUGAUGUUGUGUUACAAAAAUGUUAAUCAUGAUGUUUUCAUUAGAAGAGGGUCCAACCGAGUAAACUGUCAGAACAUACAAAAAGAUGCAAGCCAUUUCAAUUUGGUAGGAUUGUUACCAUUCACACUAUAUAAAGCUUUCCUUAAAUCAUGUCACUCCAAGGAACCAAUAAGUGAUGUUUUGGACUUUCAAACGAAACAAGAUGUCCCUGGACCAGUAACAAAUCAUGGCUUGGAGAGGAAAGAUGGACUCACACUUACAUGGGGCCCACCAGAGAAUAGGAAUGGCAUCCUACAGGGAUAUCUGAUUGAAUGGGUUGAUAAAGAUAGAGUGCACAAUGCAGUUAAUUUGACAGUUGGCGCGAAUCACUUCCAGUUUCCGAACGUUUCGUCCGAUGAGAAAAUCAAUAUUUCUAUCAGAGCCAUCGGAAGCACUGGCAUCGGUAUACCAAUUUACAUGAAUCUUUUAAACCAUGUGGAUGUCGCAUACGAUGAACCUGAAAUGUACAUUCCUUGGAUAGAAAUAAUGAUUGGAACUUUCAUCGUGAUAUUUCUUCUGCUGUUUUGCUGCUUAUUACUAGUACAUCGAAAAAAUUGCAGGAAAAGACAUCAUAAUCAUGCAGCAACAGCUGCCUCAACGGCUUUACAAAUUCACUCCUCCAGCUGUAAUGCUGACAUGCAUGAAAUGCAAACAUUGAUCAGGACACCAGAGCAACUACCAGUAUUAAUACCAAAUGGAAACUAUAAACAACCACAAAACCAGAAAUCUGGAGCUCAGCCACCAGUUGUAAAUACUUCAGAAAGUGUUAUGAAUCCUUCCGUUAUCCCAAACUCAACUUCAGUUUCUGACCCCACAAAUGCAAAACUUCAACCGACGCUAUCCAGCAUUAGGGUUGUAUCGCAUGGGGGCAAUUCUUCCCUAUCUACAACUACACUUCCUAUCCAACAACCAUCAGUAUCCCCAGAAGUUUUAGGUAGAAAUAUAAGUAUACAUAACAAAAUUCCGUUAAAGAUUAGCAGCAGAAGUGAAAAUCCUAUCCUCGAUCUAAAACAGAUACCUUUCACCACUAGUAGUAUUUGUAGCCCUAAUAGUAGUUAUCUGAAUAUAUGUCAGCAAUCUGACAAAAAGGCAGAAUGCUACAGCAGGCAAAAUGGUAAAAAUAACCAUUCCAAUAUUACGGGUGCAGUAGUUCAACGGCAACCGAAACAUUCCUCCAGAGCUAAGGACACUUCUAUGGCAGUGGAACAAAUACCAAACUCUACUGCUACUUCGACGUCGCUUUCAUCGGCCUCAAACUUCUCAGGCAUAUCGACUGGUUCGAGUGGUUCGACUGUAUCCUCCUGUUCUUCCCAAACGCAACCGCACCGAUCAAACACUGCUAACGCAAAUGCCUCCAAUCUAUGCGACAACAGUAAUGAUUAUAUAGUUCUCAAUGCAGCUCCAAUAGCAUUAAAUGCAGGAGUACGUAUUACUGAGAAUCCACAGUAUUCAAAUAAGAACAACAUGGUAGAAGGACACCAUCCUACAACAACCGUACUAAACACUUCGUUGUUCGACAAUAGUCAGCGCAGAUUAUUAGACUUAACAAUAGAUAGUAAUAGUAUAGAACAGUAUGACGAUGACGUAACUAACUGUGAUCAUAACGACGAUACCAAGCAACUAGCAACUGACAGCGUUUAUAUGUGUAGCGAGAACUCCCCAGAGGUGAUCCGGAAGUCACAACAAACAGUGCGGAUUCACUUAGAGCCGAUAGUAAACACCAUGGAGGAGGACGACAACAACAAUGAACAGCAGACAAACGGAGCACUUAAUAAUUUCCGCAAUGAGUGUGCACAUCUUCAUCAUCAGCAAUUGCUCAAUCCAAGACAUUUGACUUAUUGCUGUACUGAAAACAGUACCGUUGAUUCGAUCGAUUGCAAAAACGAUAGCAGCAAUGAGAAUGGCGAAGUCUAUGAUGAUACUUCAAUAGAUGAUGCAGACAACUCUUCGUCGUUGCUGGAUGGUAGUAAUAUCAGUUCCAAACCCCUGCACCAGCAGCAUACUGCUAAUUGGAGCUUCAGGAGACCAAUAAUUGGUCCAAACGGUUAGUUACAUCGUUGUCGUAACUUUUCUUAGCACCAUUUCUUACGCAUCAUGAACAUUGUAAACAAGAUGAUUUAGACAUUUUACAAUUCGGUAUCUUAAAAAAAACGUUCUUUUUAUGUUCAGUGAAAUUAGUUGCAGUUAGGUUCGAUCAACAGACAGAGAAUUCAACCACAUGUUAGAGGCUUAUUCCGAUUUAUACGGCAGUUAAAAUAAUUAAAAACAAGAUACUCAGCGUUGAGUGUUGACGAUCUAUUUGUUCUAUCCAAAUGCUCAUUCUAAACGAUCAAAAAUAUUGAGAAAAAAUAAGUUCUAGUUCAUAAUUUGCAAAACAAGAAUGAUAUGAGUGUAAUUACUACGUUUAAGCACAAUUUUCAGCAUUGAUGUUCGAAAUUAACUGCUUCCUAUACGGUCAUCUCUCACGAUCACAAUGAAAACCAACGUACCUAAAUGCAAUAGAGGUUAAUUUGCAAGUAAAAACUGUUCCCGUGAAUAAAAUAUUAGCUGCUACGAGAAAAGUAAAUUAAUGAAAACCGUUAUACCCAUUGACGAUGUGCGAUGGCAAAUGCGAAAGUAAAGUGUUGGACACUGUUGGCAUAGAAUACCUAACUUUAUGUAAAGUAAAUCAAGAUGACAAUUUGGAGUGUAUAGUGAUCGAAAAUUCAUAAACAUAAGCAUAAUUUGUAUAACAAACUGGUACCUGAAACAAACAGUAGAAUAUAAGAUGAACCAUCAAACAAUAGCAUUGUAAGAGAACACCUAAACUAAAGCUAAAGUUCUGAAACUACGGACACACAACAAUACUGGCGAAUACUAUACCACGUAAUGACAAGUUUAUUGACAAAUUUUUACUGUUUGAAUAGUUUCAGCAAAAUAUUUUGUUCUCAAAUUUCUGAAAAAAAAGAACACUAACAUUUUCUACUAAGGUUAGAACGUUUAAGCCGUUUUGAGAAGUAAUUGUAACUAAUUUAAUAUACAUAACAACUUAACACAUUGAUAGCAUACUAUCCAGUAUCGAAAUCAAAUUUCGAAUAGCUAUCUAACGCUUAAAACUGAAAUUGUGAUUUAAACUGUUAUGCAAACCAAUUGAAUUAUAGUUACGCAGAUAUGGAAAAAGAGACAGGUGUCUCAUACUGAGUUAAUUAGAUUUAAAUAUUUCUUUAACUAAAAUUAUGCAUCGGAUAAGUUUACCAUCUCUCAAUCUCGCUGUUGCAGCAAUUAACUUGAACUCGAACAUUGGCAAUUGAAAACGUGAUUCUGUAACCGCAAUGGAACAAAGGAACGAAACAGAAAAAAAAUCAUCGGCAAAGAAACGUAUUGAACGUGCCUUGCUUGUACAAAACGACACAAAAUAUAAAAAAGUAAAACUUUGUAACUCAAGCCACACAAACCGUAAUGGCGAUGCUCUCAAAACGGUCUACUAUCAUUAAUUUUUGUUAUUUUAUUCGAUAUUUUUUCGUUAGCUAGGUUUAUAAUUUUCAUUUCCACAACAACAACAACACAAUAACACACUUUUGGGAUAAUACUGGUAAUGAAGCAUUCCUCAGAGGUAGAUGCGGACACUUUUGAGUUGAUCGCAACUCAUCCUUCAGUGCCAUUUGUAGUUUAGUACAGAAAUGACAACAAAAUGAAGAUUUAACACACGUGCAAUAUUAACAAUAAGAAAAGAACUAAAUAUGUACUUUAUAGAGGGGCGCGUCCGUUUGGUCUAAAGUCAUUUGGAAUAAUCGACGAAAAUGAAUUAUUACUAUUAUGGAAAAAAUGUCGUUUGGGUUGGUUGUUAAUUUACAUAAUGCUUUUUGACCUUAUAACCCAAACUUUUUGGAGUUAGUCAAAAUCUGAUAUCUGACUAUUUUUAGUUAACCAGUGUUUUGUGAUACCAUGCAUGAACGUAAGCAUGAUCAAGUGUAUCACAAAUCAAUCAACAAAUUUAUGGUUCAAUGUGAAUUACAGAGUAGUUUCUAAAUCCAUAACGAUAAAGUUUAUUCCAAACAAUAUACACUUAAUAAAUUAAAUUUGAAAUGGUAUACUGACAUUUCACAAAUGAUUUUAUAUUAAUUAUUAACGAAAUACCAAUCGGCCAAAUAGAGGUGACCCCUUUUUAAUUACUGUAGAUCAUCAGCUUAAAAUAUAAUCUCGUUCGGUUACAAACGAAAUGGCCCAUUCCAGUUGCUUUAUGGAUUGCUAUUUGAUUUUUGUGGUUAAACACUUAGAACUGCAUUAAAAUCAUAAAAUCAGAUGUACUAUUUAAAAAAAACUUCAUAGCAGUGAAAAUUUAUCCUCUUGCAUUUUUGAAAAAUGAUCAGAUUUCCAGGUUUUAUUUCUCUGAAUCUGGUUCUGUAUUUAACUUUACGUGAUUAAACUCAAGUAAUUGUCGAUCGAAAUUUUGAAUCUCUAUUAUUUUCGGACCAUUUUAGAACAAAACCUCAGCAUUCAGUUCAGUUUGUUGUCAUUUCUUUUUAAAUUCAAUGUCAAAAGAAACAAAUAUAACAACAUUUAACUAAUACACUUUCCUUGAACGCGAAAAUGUCCCUAAUUUACAUUUCAAUUUCGAUACCUAUGAUUUCUCGUCGAAAAAUGUUUACAUCAAUCAAUCGAACAGACCAAAUCAGUUAUCAUUCAUGAUACAUUAAAAAAUAAACGACUUAUGUUAAUAAGAAAUCAAACGCAAGUUAGUUCCAUGUAUAAUUCGUUAUACAUUUGAAAGCAGUCAAAAAAAUUUACAAUUCAAAAAUGAUACUCAUCGGAUGACAUUCAAACGUAAAACCUCUUCUUAAAUGUAUCUCCAUUCAUCAUCCACACAAAUUCAAAAUGUAAAACGCAAAUAAUUUUUCAGAAAAAUAAAUGUAUUUCUUGCUAUUCGUUGAGGUCUAAUUUGUGUAUUAAAAAUGCUUCAGACACUAGUUUAUAGAUUCAUAAAGAGCCCGUGACAAGACUCGACAAUCUAGUUAGAAUCACCCUAAACCGAGCAAGAAUAUUACGUUGCAGUUUCAGUUAAACUUGUUUCAAUGCUUACAGUGUUUCUCUAUACAAAUCGAAAACCUUCUACUUACGAUAAUUAGUUCCGUAAACAUAAAUUAGAUAACAUUUUGUAUGAUAUAUGUUUAGGUAUCGCCGAAUAUAAAUUAAAUCUAUAGUUGAACACAGUUACCAUUAACAAUGCACUCCAUUUCAUUAUUUCACUUUGUAUUUUUAAAUGAGUUCAUUAUUGUAUCAUGCAUUUGAAUCAUUUCUUAUAAUUCCAAUCCUGUGUUCUGUGAAGUUUACUAAAACAUAUCACCAACCACAAUCAUUACCUGCUCACAGUUACUGAUAAUCGCAGCAAAACACCUCCCAUUUUUUGUUUCAAGGCAUCCGGAUAUUCAAUCAUCCCCACCGCACAGACAUAGAAGAAAACCAAAUAGAAUUAUUAGAUGCAAGUAUCAUUACUACUCGCCACACUCGAAUACAUCUAUAGCCAAAGCAUUUCUCAGAUAUUGUUUUUAGAUGUAUAAUAGCAACAUAUUAUAACAGACACAUUCACACACUCUUAGUAGUGUCCGGUAGCAAGAAAAGAAAUAUGUUUUAAUCCAAACAACACCCAACAAGGCUUUUGUGAACAUUUUUCACAUUCCAUAGGUCCGUAAGCUGAAUUCCAACUAUUAGUUGGUAGUUUUGUCCACUGUUUCCACACAAGAAAUCUUAUAGUAUUUAUUAUCAGUUCAUUUAACUGUGUUAAUUUCAGUUUAAGCGAAUCCAUUAAUUAUGAAAGAAUUAUUUAACUAAACAGAGAAAGAAUCUUUAUUUAUUCCACCCCUUCCACACAGAUACAAUCAUGCAGAUGCACCCGAAUCAAAAUAUAGCGAAGUUCAUUAGUUUCGGAGCGAAUUGUUUCCAUUCAACUAUACUUAACCAUGAUCAUAAAUAUUUAUUUGCUAAGAACAAUUAUUGUGAACAAGUGAAGAAAUCUAAAAAUAUUAGGCUUGCAAGAAACUAUUAUUUUACACUUAAUCUGUUAGUUUUCACAAGUUAACAAGGCUAACGAAAUAAUUGUAAUUGUUUUAUUUUUAUCUCCUAGUUUUCAAGCAAGCUAAGCGCGAAUGAAUGAUUGCAUUUUUGGAUGAAUUGUUAUCUACCUCAUAACAACAAGAUCAUUUUAUGACUUUGUUUUUAAAUUCUAGUAAGAAGAAACAUAAUAAACGAAGUAAAUUUUAUUAAUUAAUU